AACUCAUUACACAUGAACUGAAUGCCUCCUGACCUGUCGUCUUCCAGACAACAAAAAAAAAAAAAAAAAAGCCGACCUGAAGUAUUUGAAAACUUUUGAAACAGGGGCUUUAGACUUGCUGUCCUCUGAUUUCGUGGAAAGGGAAAAUGGCUUCUUCAAUGGCAAUUAAAACCCUGGCAAGAUCACCCAUGAGUUGUUCUCCUUUCAGAAAAUCUCUGUCUUCCCUUUUACGAGUCGUAUCCUACUCAAAAGAGUCGUACGACGAUGCCAUUCCCACAGCAGGAAUCAGCAGACCCCUCUCCGAGAUUCUCAAAGAACUCAACAAAAAAGUCCCAGAUUCCCUCGUCAAGCUCCGCAUCGAAGAUGGCUUCAGUAUCAAAUACAUCCCCUGGCAUAUUGUGAAUCGGAUUAUGAACCUACAUGCUCCAGAAUGGUCUGGUGAGGUUCGGAAUAUUACUUACUCUGCUGAUGGAAAGUCUGUAUCUGUCGUCUAUCGUGUAACACUCUAUGGGACUGAUGCUGAGAUAUAUCGAGAGUCAACAGGGACUGCUUCAGUUGAUGAUCCUGGUUAUGGAGAUCCUGUACAAAAGGCUGAGGCCAUGGCAUUUCGGCGAGCUUGUGCACGCUUUGGGCUUGGGCUUCAUCUUUAUCAUGAGGACAUGUUGUAGAUUGCUAAUAAGCUCUGCUGUGCUAGGUUUGAGCUUAAACUUUCUGUUUUGGGAGGAGGAGCGAUUCAAAUAGCAUAAUGUUGCUAUAAUUUUGUUUGGGAAGUGAAACAGAUUUUUGUAAUGAAAAAUGGCAUCCCAUACCUGGGUCAAGAUAGGCUCGGGUUGGCAUGGCAUGUUACAUUUAGAGCCUAUUGAUUAGAGGGUUGUGGUGAAAUUAUUUAUUCUGAAGUAUUUGUCAACUUAUUUUGCUUUGUUAUCUGUAAAGAUGAGCACUAGAGAAACUCAGCGCAAUCUCUCCUAAUGAAGUGAGCCUGUUGAAGGGGAAUUGCUUAUUGCUUGUGUGAAAAACAAACUAGCAGCCUAUCUGUUAUUAUUUUGGGUAAAAUACUUGACCUUUGUAA